ACGGCUGCACUUAAAAUAGAAUCACUUUUUCUCAGGGUUGUGGACCAGGCCUCAGGAACAGAGAUCGCCGUAUUUCCAAUCUACAAGGUGUUGUUUUGUGCCCGUGGAAAAGAAGGUUCUGUGGAAAGUGACUGUUUCUCCUUCACUGAGAGUUACCGGAGCGCUGAGGACUUCCAGAUCCACGUCUUCUCCUGCCACAUCAAAGAGGCCGUCAGUCGUAUCCUGUACAGUUUCUCCACAGCCUUCCGGCGUUCUGCGCGGCCGGCAGACAUCAGGGACACGGCGCUCUCCGGCCCGCCUGAAGGCGACCUCUACACCUUCACUGUCACCCUGGAGAUCAAAGAGGACGAUGGCAAAGGCAACUUCAGUCCUGUGCCAAAGGACAGAGAUAAAUUCUACUUCAAGCUGCGACAGAGCGUUCAGAAGAAGGUUGUGGUUUCAGUUCAGCAAAUGUGCAACAAGGAGCUGGGCAUCGAGAGGUGUUUUGGGAUGCUGCUGAGUCCAGGACAGAAAGUGUGCAACAGUGACAUGCAUCUACUAGACAUGGAGUCGAUGGGAAAGAGCUCUGAUGGGAAGGCCUAUGUGAUCACAGGAACAUGGAACCCAAACAUGGCAGCCUUCCAGCCGCUGAACGAAGACACCCCUAAAGAUAAGCAGGUGUACAUGACGGUGGCAGUGGACCUGGUGGUCACUGAGGUGCUGGAGCCAGUUCGCUUCCUGAUGGAAACUCUGCUCAGGGUUUAUCCAUCAAACGAGCGCUUCUGGUACUUCAGCCGCAAGACCUUCAGUGAGACCUUCUACCUCAAACUCAGACAG